AUGGUGCGCAACCACAUCAUGCUCUUCCUCCUCCUCCUCGUUACGCUACUAACUUCCGGCAGAGACCAGUCGGCCGUGUCCGCGUCACCGGUGGGAUCAGUGGAACCGUUCCGCAAGUGCACGGUCUGCACCGGCGCCCUGUACGAGCCCAACAGCACGUACAGGUCCAACCUGGAGGUCCUCGGUGCGGCGCUCGUCGCCGGGGCCGGCGCGAACGGCGGGUUCGCCAAGGCGAGCAUCGGCGUGGCACCCGACGCCGUCUACGGCCUGGCGCUGUGCCGAGGCGACUGCGCCGGGCCCAACUGCACGGGCGGCCUCGCCGCCGCCUUCCGCGGCGCCGCCGAGCUGUACUGCCCGUCCAGAAGAGACGCGACCGUUUACUACGACAACUACACGCUCCGCUUCUCCGGCGAGGAUUUCCUCUCCGCCCUCACGGAGCAGCCGAGGUGCUCCGGGUGGAGCGACUCCGGCGAGUCUGGCUGGGACGCCGCCCAGCUGCUCGCGGAGAGGGUGGAGGAGCUGAUGAAGGAGACCAUCAAGCACGCGGCGGCGACGGCUAAGCGGUACGGGACCGGCAGGGUGUGGGUGAGAGGCAGAGCAGAGGCCGCGGACAUGGAGUACGUGCUGGCGCAGUGCACGCCUGACCUCACGGAGGCCGAGUGCUGGAGCUGCCUCAACGACACCCGCGGCAAGCUGCAGACGUCGUCCAUGCACGACAAGGUCCCAACAAGCCAGUAUGGCGGGAGGCUCGUUGGAGUGCGGUGUAGCUUGCGGUACGAGAGGGUGCUCUUCUUCGAGGAAACGAGCAGCACGCUCCAGCUCCACAAGCCUAAAGCGGAGCAGCAGGCCAUCCUCGAUUCCCUCCAGUCGGAGUCGACUCUGGAAGCAAGACAUCGUCGCCGGCAAGAGAUGGAGGCGCAAGAGGCCACAGAGGAGGCGGAGAUGCUCGCCUACAUGGAUGAGGUCGAGCAGGAGGAGGAUGAGCUGGAGCCCUCACACCCGCACGUCCAGCCGGCACCUGGCACUGUCGUCGUGGACAUCUCCGACGACGAUGAGUAG